AUGCGGAGGCGCGUCGUAGGUGGUUUCGAUGGGAAUCUCUCUCUUGGCUUUCAGGGGAUGGGGAUCUCCCUCGACGCCCUGGGAUUAAAGGAUGCCGACCUAUUGACUCAUCAGCACGGGGUCAUCGGAUUGGGCGACCACUUCAUCAAGCCAGAUGGAAUAAUAUCCCUGCCGAUCUCCGUGGGACAGGUCCAAGGUCGAAGAUUGGCAAAGGCGGAAUUCGUGGUUCUCCGAGAUUCGACGGCCUACAACAUCAUUUUGGGGAGAAAGAUGAUUAACGAUAUUGAGGCAAUAAUCAACACAAAGCUACUAAUCAUGAAGUUUGUAGCUGACGACGGAUCUGUAGGGUCCAUAAGGGAAGACCUGGAGACGGCGGUCGCUUGCGACAACGCCAGCCUCUCCCUAAGAAAGAAAUCCAAAGAAGCAUCCGGGGUGUUCCUUGCCAACUUGGAUGCCAGGGUGGACGACAAACCCAGACCAGAACCAGAGGGGGACUUGGAGAAGUGUAGGAUCGGUGACACGGAAGACAAGUUCACCUUUGUCAAUAGAAAUCUUCCGCAAGAACUAAAGGAACCCCUGGUAGAAAUGAUCAAGGCCAAUGCCGACUUGUUCGCCUGGACUCCGGCCGACAUGCCGGGCAUAGACCCCGAAGUCAUGUCACAUCACCUGGCCGUCAAAGCAGAAGCCCAUCCGGUGGCUCAGAGGAGGAGAAAGAUGUCGUGCGAAAGGGCGGAGGAGGUUGCCAAGCAGACGGCCAGCCUCCUUGAGGCCGGCUUCAUACGGGAACUAGACUAUUCGACCUGGCUCUCGAACGUAGUGCUAGUAAAGAAGCACAAUGGUAAAUGGAGAAUGUGCGUGGACUACUCUGACCUCAACAGGGCAUGCCCUAAAGACUGCUUCCCCCUUCCAAACAUAGAUGCACUCGUCGACGCGGCAGCGGGUUACCGGUAUCUGAGCUUCAUGGAUGCCUACUCUGGCUACAACCAGAUACCGAUGCACCGGCCCGACGAAGCUAAAACAGCAUUUAUAACGCCAGGAGGAACCUUCUGCUACAGGGUAAUGCCAUUCGGCCUAAAAAAUGCAGGAGCAACAUACCAAAGGCUGAUGAGCAAAAUAUUUGGCGACCUCAUAGGCAAGACGGUGGAGGUUUAUGUAGAUGACAUACUCGCGAAAGCUGCGCAACCCGAGGACCUUCUGAAUGACUUGAGAAGUGUGUUUGGAUCUCUCCGACGAUACGGCAUGAGGCUCAAUCCCAUGAAGUGUGCCUUCGCCAUGGAAGCUGGAAAAUUCCUUGGAUUCAUUAUAACCCAGAGGGGGGUAGAAGCCAACCCAGAGAAAUGCCAAGCGAUACUCCAGAUGAAGAGCCCAGGUUGUAUCAAGGACGUCCAGAGGUUGGCAGGACGGCUGACCUCGUUAUCCCGAUUUCCCGGAGCAUCGGCAACAAAGGCCCUGCCCUUCUUUAACCUCAUGAAGAAAGGAAUAGCGUUCGAAUGGACGCCCGCAUGUGAGGAAGCCUUUAAACACUUCAAAGAAAUCCGGGCCGCACCCCCUGUUCUCGGAAAACCAAAGAACGGGGAGCCACUAUACUUGUACCUCGCCAUAACAGGGGAAGCCCUGGCCGUGGUUCUAGUACGAGAGGAAGGAAGAGCUCAACCGAUCUAUUUCGUGAGCAGGGCUCUACAAGGGGCAGAACUAAGGUAUGGCAAGCUAGAAAAACUAGCUCUGGCACUCUUGACCACUUCGAGGAGGCUAAAACAGUACUUCCAAAGUCACCAGAUAGUCGUAAGGACGGACCAAGGAAUCCGGCAAGUACUCCAGAAACCGGAUUUGGCCGGAAGGAUGAUGACGUGGUCCAUUGAACUCUCCCAAUACGACAUACGGUACGAGCCCCGACAAGCAACCAAGGCGCAAGCGAUUGUGAACUUCCUGGUAGAGGUGACGGGAGAACCAACCGAAGAAACGGGCACACGGUGGAGGCUCCAUGUGGACGGGGCCUCUAACCAAACGUUCGGGGGCGCCGGGAUCAUCCUAGAGAGCCCGGUCAGGGUCGUGUACGAACAGUCGAUUAAGUUCGAAUUCCCCAUUUCAAACAACCAAGCGGAAUAUGAAGCCCUUAUAGGAGGGCUAACCCUAGCGGCAGAAGUCGGGGCAACAAGGUUGGAGAUAUGCAGCGAUUCACAAGUCAUCACCUCCCAAGUGAACGGGAGCUACCAAGCCAAGGACUCGCUGUUACAAAAAUACUUGGAAAAAGUCAAGGAUUUGAGCCGAAAGUUUGAAGAAGUCACGAUCCACCAUGUUCCGAGAGAAAGGAAUACACGAGCAGACCUCUUGUCGAAAUUAGCUAGCACCAAACUAGGAGAAGGCAACCGAUCUUUAAUCCAAGGAAUGAUGAAGGAAUCGGCAAUCACCCUACACCUCUCGAAGCUAAACCCCUCGUGGUUGGACCCCAUCACCGACUUCUUAGAAGACGGCAAACUUCCUGGCAACGAAAAGGAUGCUAAGAAGCUGAGAAGGGAAGCAGCCAGAUAUGCCAUCAUCCAGGGUCAGUUGUUCAGGAAAGGAUUCAACCAUCCCCUGCUGAAAUGUUUGCACUCCGACCAGACGGAUUACGUCCUCAGGGAAAUCCAUGAAGGGUGCUGCGGCCACCACAUAGGAGGCAAAGCCCUAGCAAGAAAACUAAUCCGAGCCGGAUACUAUUGGCCAACGAUGAUGGCUGACUCCAAGGAAUUUGUUAGGAAGUGCGUCAAGUGCCAAGAAAACGCCAACUUCCACCGAGCACCAGCCUCUGAGCUCAGCUUGCUAACGUCCUCCCGGCCAUUCUCACAGUGGGGAGUCGACCUCUUGGGACCUUUCCCCGUCGGCCCCGGGCAAGUCAAAGGCCGAGCCACUGGCAAGCAUAUCCUCGUCCAAUUGCAGGAAAUUCAUGUGGAGGCAGGUCAUAACGUGAUUCGGUAUCCCGGAAACCGUUAUCUCGGACAACGGGACACAGUUCACCGACAAAAAAUUCACAGAAUUCCUCACUGGCCUGGGCAUAAAACAGAGGUUCUCCUCGGUGGAACAUCCACAAACAAACGGACAGGUCGAGUCCGCAAACAAGAUCAUCCUGCUAGGACUCAAGAAGCGGCUGGACAACAAGAAGGGCACUUGGGCCGACGAGCUCGCCUCGAAAUCGGGGAGCCGAGCCCACGACUACUCUUGAAGGGAGUAGAGGAAGCUGUUGAGAAGGACCUGAUAGAUGAAGCUAGGGAAAUGGCCCACCUGGCUGAAACAGCGCUAAAGCAAAGAAUGGCCUUGCGCUACAACGCCAAAGCACUCAAAAGAAAGUUCGAAGAAAACGACCUCGUCUUGAGGCGUAAUGACGUCGGCCCGACUACCCCUGGAGAAGGCAAACUAACAGCAAACUGGGAAGGACCAUACUGA